AUGCAACGUCCGCUCUGCUUGUGUGGGCUGCAGCUCGGGCUCCUGCUGCUUCUAUUCUCCUUUGAGCUGAGCGGCGCUUCUAGGCCCAAGAAGCUCUGCGGCAGGCACCUGCUGAUGGCGAUCAUAAAGCUCUGUGGCCUGGAGGACUGGAGCAAUUUGGAGGAGAACAUUCAUCACUGGCAGCUGGUGCCCCGCGCUGUGGACGCCGUGGGAACUUUCCUCCCAGCCCGGUUGCCAAGCUCCAGAGGGUCGGCGGGCUGCAGAGACUCACAGCCAGCACCUACUGCUGCCUCUAUGGAAGGGUCAACAAAUGGUCUAGAGAUGCAGCCACUACCUGAAUGUCAACAUUCAAAGGCCAACUUCCCACCUGAUGCGACAAGAGAUUUCUCCUCACCACAUAUCAAUCUGUACACUCAGGAGACUGUGGAGCUAACAGAGAAAAAUAGCAAAAUUAAAACCCUAAACAAUUUGUUUUGGGGGAAUCAUCUCCAAAGACAACGCAGAGGCUAUUCAGAAAAGUGUUGUCUUAAAGGAUGCACAAAAGACGAACUUAGCAUUGCGUGCUUUCCAUAUAUUGACUAUAAAAAGUUAGACAUUGACCAUCAAAUUUGA